CUCAAACCAACGCCGCACCUCGUCAGGCUCUGCUCGUGCCUGCAGACAGCUGUACGUUUCGCGCGUGGUCCCGCUCUUGAACCCUUGCGUACAUCUUGCCCGAUCCAAUCAACGUCACAAGCCAGGCAAAAUGCCAGCUUUACUGGACCCCGUUGAGGAAUUGAAGCAAAGGGUUCAAACGCUCGAGAAGAGAAUUGCAGAACUUGAGUCUGGCAAGCCUGCUAAAGAUGCGCCGUCUAGCAUGCGGAUGAUUCUCAUGGGACCUCCCGGAGCAGGGAAGGGCACGCAAGCACCGAGGAUCAAAGACAAGUACUGUGUCUGCCAUCUCGCCACCGGAGACAUGCUCCGCGCCCAGGUCGCAAAGAAGACAGACCUCGGUCGCGAAGCUAAGAAGAUCAUGGAUGCAGGUGGUCUCGUCAGUGAUGAGAUUAUGGUCAACAUGAUUAAGAGUGAGCUUGAGAGCAACAGCGAAUGCAAGAACGGCUUCAUUCUUGACGGAUUUCCUCGCACAGUAGCUCAAGCAGAGCGCUUGGAUGAUAUGUUGAAUGCGAAGCAACAGAAGCUUAUGCACGCUGUCGAACUCAAGAUUGACGAUAGUCUUCUGGUCUCACGAAUUACAGGUCGUCUCGUCCACCCAGCCUCCGGUCGGAGCUACCACAAGAUCUUCAACCCACCCAAGAGUGCGAUGACCGACGAUGUCACUGGCGAGCCACUCAUUCAGCGAUCUGACGAUACCGAGGAAGCGUUGAAGAAGCGACUAGUCACAUACCACAAACAGACCUACCCAGUUGUUGGGUACUAUCAGAAGACAGGAAUCUGGACAGGAAUUGAUGCCAGCCAAGAGCCUGGACAGGUAUGGAAGAGUCUGCUAGGUGUCUUUGACGGGCAAAAACCCAAGAACAGCAGUCUCCUGAGCAAGAUCGGACUACAGAAGUGA